UCUAUUGAUUCUGGCAGUGAAAAAGACUUCAUGGGAACACUCAUAUUUUUUGGACUAUGCAUUGCGUUGCUCUACGCCCUCCAGGCCCUGUUUGAGUAUCGUAAAGCAGUCCGAAAUCUCGGAGGCCAUCCCGGUGUUCAUACUCUCGUCAGCCCUGCCAGCGUCUUCGGACAGAUCCUUCCCCGGAUUCGUGGCCUGAGCGUCGGCCGAAGUAGAUCAUGGAAGUCCAAAUUUCAAGAUUUCCAAGAGGCUGGCUGGGAUGCAUUCACACAAAUCAGCGUCUGGCCGCGUCCCUCUUCACACCUUUUUCUUGCCGACGCUGCGGCCAUCAAGGAAGUAACGACAUACAGGGCUCGCUUCCCGAAGCCUGUUGAACAAUACAAGGUCUUACAGUUCUUCGGGAGAAAUAUCGUCGCAUCCGAAGGGGAGGAAUGGAAACGAUACAGGAAGAUCGUCGCGCCUGCGUUCUCUGAGAGGAACAAUAAAUUGGUAUGGGAUGAGACGAUUCGAAUCAUGAUAGACAUGUUUGACAACGUGUGGCACAACGCUCCUGAAAUCUCAACAGACCAUUGUAUAGAGUUAACCGUUCCUAUCGCUCUCUUCGUCAUCGGUGUCGCAGGCUUUGGUCGCAGAAUCUCGUGGACAGACGACAUGAAACUCCCACCAGGCCAUCAAUUGACGUUCAAAGACGCUUUGCAUACCAUGUCUACAGAUAUUUUCCUCAAAUUGAUCGUUCCUGGUUGGGCGAUGGGGCUCACCAAACACCUCCGGCAUGUCCGUCAGGCUUUCAAAGAGAUGGACCAAUACAUGAUGGAGAUGAUACGCGAGCGUAGGAACUCGGAAAAAAAAGAAGAAAGAUACGAUUUGUUCAGCAGUCUCUUGGAUGCGAGCGAUGAUACCUCAGAUGGGGAGGUGGCGUUGGCUGAUUCUGAGCUUGUCGGCAAUAUUUUCAUUUUUCUCGUUGCUGGACACGAGACAACGGCCCAUACUCUUUGCUUUACAUUUGCACUUCUUGCUCUAUAUCCCGACGAGCAGGAUCGGCUGUACAAGUCAAUCAAGAGCGUGAUGAGCGACUUGGAUAGACUUCCGAAUUAUCAGUCCUAUGAGGAGAUGCCUCUCCUUACUUACUCUAUGGCUGUAUUCUAUGAGACGUUGAGGAUGUUUCCUCCCGUCAAUGGCAUCCCGAAAUACAGUGCUGAAGAUACAUCGCUGGUCGUGGGAAAUGCGAAUGGGGACAGGACCACUAUCCCUGUGCCGCAAAACACCAAUAUCGUCAUCCAUACGCCUGGACUACAUUACAACCCUCGGUACUGGGACGAUCCUCACACUUUCAAACCAGAGCGCUUCCUCGGCGAUUGGCCACGAGAUGCCUUUUUGCCUUUCAGCCAAGGCGCGCGCGCUUGUCUUGGACGCCGAUUCUUUGAAACGGAGGGCAUAGCGAUCCUCACUAUGCUCAUGUCUCGCUACAAAGUUACCAUCAAAGAGGAACCUGAAUAUGCUCAUGAGACCUUUGAAGAGCGCAAGGCGAGGAUUCUUAAUGCAAAGCCAGGUUUGACGUUGACCCCAAUCCGUGUGCCGCUAGUGUUUACAAAGAGAGACUGAAGAUGGGGUUUGUUUUAUCUUUUCUUGAUCUUAGGACAUUUCUUGGAAGCAUCUGUAAAGCCUGCUUGUACUAUAACAUAUCAUAAGUCCGAUGGCUCUGCAUGUCUCUCUC